AUGAGAUGGAGUUCCACGAAUAUGCAGGCUAGAAAGAUGUUAUUAGCAGCUAUUCUAUCUCUUUGUGCAUUAAGUUCGAAGAAGAUCUUAAUCUAUAAUGAAGAAAUGAUAGUAGCUGCUUGUUUUAUAGGCUUUAUCAUAUUCAGUCGGAAGAGUUUAGGUAAGACUUUCAAAGUGACUCUCGACGGGAGAAUCCAGGCUAUUCAGGAAGAAUCGCAUCAAUUCCCCAAUCCUAACGAAGUAGUUCCUCCGGAAUCCAAUGAAGAACAACGAUUACUUAGGAUCAGCUUGCGAAUUUGUGGCACCGUAUUAGAAUCAUUACCAAUGGCACGCUGUGCGCCUAAGUGCGAAAAGACAGUGCAAGCUUUGUUAUGCCGAAACCUAAAUGUUAAGUCAGCAACACUUCCAAAUGCCACUUCUUCCCGUCGCACCCGUCUUCAGGACGAUCUAGUCACAGGGUUUCACUUCUCAGUGAGUGAAAGAUUUUUCCCCGGGUCUACGUUGAAAGCUUCUAUAGUAGAACUCAUUCGAGAGGGCUUGGUGGUCUUAAGAAUGGUUCGGGUGGGGGGUUCUAUUAAGAAUAAAGAAGACGAAUAG